GUGUUGAUAUCCAUUGGAAACUUUUGCAUAAUCUCCAUUGUAGUGGGAAUAGUCAUAGAGGCACUUGUAAUGUGGCCUAUUCAGAGGCGCAAGUACCGGGAUGGUAUUGACAAUAUUUUGGUGCUUCUCAUUGGAGGGAUCCCAAUUGCCAUGCCAACCGUGUUGUCAGUGACAAUGGCAAUUGGAUCCCACUGGCUUUCGCAGCAAGGAGCUAUCACUAAGCGGAUGACGGCUAUCGAAGAAAUGGCUGGAAUGGAUGUAUUAUGCAGUGACAAGACCGGUACCCUCACUCUUAACAUACUUACAGUAGACAAGAGCUUGGUUGAGGUAUUUGUUAACGAUGUUGACAAGGACACGUUAAUUUUGCUAGGGGCUAGGGCCUCCAGGGUUGAGAAUCAGGAUGCUAUUGAUGCAUGUAUUGUUGGGAUGUUGGCAGAUCCCGAGGAGGCCAGAGAAAGCAUCACUGAGGUGCAUUUCUUGCCAUUUAAUCCAGUGGAGAAGCGUACAGCUAUAACGUAUAUCGACUCUGAUGGCAAUUGGCACCGAGUUAGCAAAGGCGCCCCCGAGCAGAUCAUUGCAUUGUGCAACCUCCGGGAAGAUGUAGAAAGAAAAGCUAAUGCCAUCAUUGAUAAGUUUGCUGAACGAGGCCUCCGCUCUCUAGCUGUUUGUAGACAAAUUGUUCCGGAGAAAACCAAGGAAAGCCCUGGAGGGCCAUGGGAAUUUGUGGGCCUGUUGCCUCUCUUCGAUCCUCCAAGGCAUGACAGUGCAGAGACCAUUACUCGUGCCCUCAAUCUAGGUGUCAAUGUUAAGAUGAUCACUGGUGAUCAGCUAGCAAUUGGUAAGGAGACUGGUCGGAGGCUUGGAAUGGGAACCAACAUGUAUCCCUCUUCUGCCCUCCUUGGGCUGCACCCGGAUGAUUCAACGGCAGCCCUUCCUGUUGAUGAGCUUAUCGAAAAGGCUGAUGGCUUUGCUGGCGUCUUCCCUGAGCACAAGUUCGAGAUUGUAAGGAGGCUGCAAGCUAGGAAGCAUAUUUGCGGGAUGACUGGAGAUGGUGUAAAUGAUGCGCCAGCAUUGAAGAAAGCAGACAUCGGAAUUGCAGUGGCCGAUGCUACUGAUGCAGCCCGCGGUGCAUCUGACAUAGUCCUGACAGAGCCAGGAUUGAGUGUGAUUGUGAGUGCUGUGUUAACAAGCAGAGCCAUUUUCCAGAGAAUGAAGAACUACACCAUCUAUGCAGUAUCUAUAACCAUCCGUAUUGUGCUGGGUUUUCUGCUCCUUGCUCUAAUUUGGAAAUUUGAUUUUUCCCCGUUCAUGAUUCUGAUCAUUGCGAUACUCAACGAUGGAACAAUCAUGACUAUCUCGAAAGACAGAGUGAAACCAUCUCGAAUUCCUGAUUCCUGGAAACUUAAGGAGAUAUUUGCUACUGGUGUCAUUCUAGGCACCUACUUAGCUCUAAUGACUGUUUUAUUCUUCUGGGUUGCUCACAGUUCCGACUUCUUUUCUGAUAAAUUUGGUGUUAGGUCCAUCAGGAACAACCGUGAUGAGCUGGCAUCAGCUAUAUACCUGCAAGUGAGCAUCGUCAGUCAGGCACUCAUUUUUGUUACUAGGUCCCGAAGCUGGUCUUUUGUCGAAUGCCCUGGUGGUUACCUUGCGGGUGCCUUUGUUUUAGCACAACUGAUUGCAACACUCAUUACUGUGUAUUGCAACUGGGGAUUUGCGAGAAUCCAUGGCAUUGGAUGGGGAUGGGCAGUUGUUAUCUGGCUUUACAGCAUUAUCUUCUACAUCCCUCUUGAUUUCCUCAAAUUCAUAAUCCGCUACGCUUUGAGUGGCAGAGCCUGGGAUAAUCUCCUCCAAAAUAAGACUGCUUUCACCUCAAAGAAGGAUUAUGGAAAAGGAGAGAGGAUGGCAAAAUGGUCUGCUGCUCAACGAACCAUUGAUGGAGUGCAUCCUCCUGAAGGCUCGGAACUCUACCGUGACAAGAGCAACCACAGAGAGUUGUCUAGUAUUGCUGAACAGGCCAAGAUGCGUGCUGAAGUUGCCAGGCUGAGGGAGCUUCACACGCUCGAGGGUCAUGCGGAAUUGUUGGUGAAACUCAAGGGACUUGACAAUGAAACCGUUCAACAACACUACAGCGUUUGAAUUAGAAAAGGUGAGCUUUUAGUAGGGCAAAAGCGUUUGAAAGAAAGCACAGGAAGACACUCCGAUUGUUUUCUAAUUUUUUCUUCAACUCUUUCCUAAUAAGGAAACCUACCAUUCUAACCGCAGGAAAAUUUUCUAUCUUAACAUUUGUUUUUAUUAUU